UAUGAAGCUAGUUACCUAUAUUCCGCUGUCGCCGCGUCGUGCCGUAGAGAACGAACAAUUUGUUAUUAAACUGCUAUUAAUGCUACUUAACGCGAGAAACACGAGAUAUGCGCACCGUCACGUUCUCUUUUCGCAGCAAGAAUGCCGAGUAAGCCGUGGUUUCGCAAUCAGCCUGGGCUAGAGCUUACUAACUUAACGAAACAGUCGUACGAAUAAUUAGCGAUGGCAGGUUCGUCGAGCAUCCCCUGUUACGCUACAUUUGUCAUGGACAAAUCUCCAUCGCUUUUCCAUUCGAUAUUCCUUGAUAAAAUUACCCAUGGUUAGGCGAAUAAUCGGCGAUAAGUUUAAAAGAGUUUCACAGUUUGUAAAAAGGAGCGUAGCUCGUGGGAGGAAAAUUUGAAAGAAAACAGGGGAUGGUCGAGUGUUGGUCGCAUGGCAUACGGCGCGUAUUAUAGUUUAAAGAAGAAGAAGAUAGAAGCGAGUACGAUCACUCGUAGAUCGAGCGAAUCACGCUUUCCAGUGGUAUAGUUAGAUAUUACAAUUGGCGCUAAACGAGGCAACUAUCUGAUACGCCGUGUUAAUUUUAGAAAAUGAAAGAUUAACGUUCGUUGUCAGUGACAGUUCCACUGACUCCAGCCGGAUCGUGCGCUGAAUUACUCCAACGAAAACGGCGGAUAGCAAUUCGUUUCUGCGUUACACGCGCAAUAUACGUCUAUCUGUGUAGAACGAGAGGAAGGAACAAGCAAAUAAGAAUUAUGUACACGUAUAUUUAAAACGUAACUUGAACGGGGAAGAGAAUGAAGGCCAAACUAAUAGAAGGAGAAAUACUAAGAAAUCGGUUUUUAACGAGAAAAUAAUAAAGCAACGUUGCUACGUACGUUUACGAGCGCAUACGUAAAUACGUGGAGAGACGAACGGACGAAUAACAGACAUAAAUAGCAACACCGAACAAACAGUAACACAUACACACACACAUACACAAAACAUGUGCACACACAAUGGGCACGAACGAUACUUUGAUUAAGCUAUGUAUAGUAGGCCACGCGAGAAACGAAGAAAAUUGAACGGACAAGAAAGAAAGAAGAGAAAGAAACGAGAAAAAAAGUCCAUUGGAAACGAGGGCGGCAAUGCGGUGGCGGCUGCCUCUGCCACUCUAGUUGAUCGGGAUUCGUUUUAUUAAUUAAUUAAUUACUGAAUUAAUUAAUUAAUCGAAAACUCAUUUAUAUAGUGUUGAGCACUGUUUUAAGUGCUUUUCAUUUUUUGGCUGUGUGAAGCUUCAACUGAAGUAAUUUAAAAGGGAGAAAAAAAAAUGAUGUAAUUAUCGUAUUGGCUUUGCAUAAUCACUCUCGACAAUUUUUCUGAAGCAAGGAAAAUAAACUAAAUAAUGAAUAACAAAAUAUUAAUAAUAAUAGAAAUAAUAAUAAUAAUAAUAACAAUAAUAAUAAUUAUAAUUAUAAUGACUUCAUAAGUAAAACCGUAAAAUACUAGAUACGAAAGCCGAAUAAAAAUAUACCUAUGCGCGCAGAGAGAGUUAUUCAGCAAAGAUGAAACCAUGAUUAAUAAUAAUGAAUAAUAAUAAUAAUAAUAAUAACAACAACAACAACAAUAAAUAAGAAGUAAUGGGAAAUAAUAAUAAUAACAACAACAACAACAACAACAUUAGUACUAAUAUGUAAUAAUAACGCUAAUACUAAUAAUAGUAAUAAUUAAUGUGUAAUUAAAUAACAAGUAAUAAUAACAAUACUAAUAAUAAUAAUAAAAAUAAUAAUAAUCGAUAAGUAAUGAACGCUACAUCUCCCUCGGUACGUUAUACAUAUUAUAAUUCCGUAUCUCCGUUUGUACGCAUUUUAACAAAUGAAAACAAGAAUUACUACAGGAUAUAUUUAAACGAGCAAAGAAAAAGAUGUAUAAAUAACAAAAUACUAUACUCUUAACGGUACUAGUUCAGAUAAACAUCCUGCCGAGUUGCCCCGGGUUACGCUAAGAGCCACCUGGCCUGCAUUAAAACAAAAAAGAAAAAAAAAAUACUACGUUUAUAAGCGCUAAGAAAAGCUAAACCGAUCGCCUUACAGAGUGGGACACGAUAAUAACAGACAACAUAAGGAAGAUAUUUAAAAAAAACAGUCGAUUAAACGCGUAAAUACUACCGUAAAGUCAGUACACAGUCGGCAUCACGCGAACACGUACACACGCACACGUUCAUACAGGAUAUAAUAUACACACACGUACUCGUACGAAACACAAACGCAUAUAAAAGUAACUCGUAUACAUACGCGAAAAGGGUAUAGAAUGAUAAAAAAGACAAAAAAGUAAAACAAAAAAAAAAAAAAAAAAAAAAAAAAAAACAAAGAGAAAGAAACACAUAAUAAUCUAUUUUUCGCCCGAGCAAAGUGAUUCUAUAACGUAAAUUGUAUUGUAUCGUUAACGAGGAGGAAACGAAAGAAAGAAUGGCUAAUUUUUCUAACGAACAUACCGCAAGCCUCGACAGCAAAACGGUCUCUUUUUUUUUCUUUUUUUUUUUCUAAUCGUCCUCCGCUGACGAUAAGAGUUUUGUAAAUCUAAUCUACUAUUUCUAUACAUUCAAGCGUUUUGUAAGGUGUCGCGCAAUUGCAACUGCGAAAGGGUCAAAAUACGAUAGCACAGCAGAGACCGCGGUCGUCGGCCGAUCUCCGCACGAACCUCGUGGCUCGCGUCGAGACCGAGUACAUAGCGAAUCAAAAACAAACGUGUUGUUGAAAGCUUGGCGACAUUUCGUCGGCCGCGAACGCGAACUCAAAACACCACCUCUUCGCUUUCCCCUGCAUCUAGUCCGAAUUUUUGUCCAGCGCGCGGCCCGCGCGCCCACGCACACCCACGCGCCUCACACUCGUAUCAUUCUCGCACCGGAAUUCGCUUCAACGAGCUGUCUGAUUCGACUGCCACUUUUUACUCGCGAGUUGACAGUUUCUCCGCGAACGCGCUCGAGCGUCCAGCCGAACCGCAUCCCGCUCGUUCAUUCAAAUCGCCAAUCGACGAUGCGCUUCCACGACGCAUCCUCCUCUUUGUACAGUUUACAAAUACACUUAUUCGCGUUCACUUUUUCGUGUGUGGGAAAGAAAGGAAAGAAGACAAGAAGGAAGGGAACGGAAGGAGGAAGGAAAGAACGAGACAUAGGCGUGGUUCAGCUCGACGAUCGGAUUUCAAAUUGAUUCCCGUCGAUUAAUCGCCGCGAACGAACGAAAUGCCACGCUUGUUCGAUAGAGCGGCGGAUGGCGCGAGAUCGGCGGCCGAUCGACGCGUUGCGACGCUUAACAAUUUUCCUUUAGCUGCUUCUAAAGUGGAAAACAAUGGCAUAAUAAAAACAGUGGACGACAGGAGCGCGAGGAACCGGGAAGCGCGUUUACGCGAGAACGAACAAGAUAGCGGGAAUGAUUUGAGGUUCGAACGUGCUUAACGAGGCACGGAAACCGAGUUCCGUUCGCAAGCCGGGUACCAAGGCACUCAGGGCAACGAUUAAUAUCGAUCGACUUAUUUGUACGAUGAUCUAGGCUAUUUACGUUGUAUGUCCAUGAUGCCGGAAAAGAUAUAAACGAUGCAUUUGUAGGCAUUAAAAAAAAAAGCAAAGUAAAUAAAUAAGGCGACGCGCGUCGCCUUCUCUAAACGAGAUAUAACAUUUUGAAUAAAAAAAUAAGUAUAUAAAUAUAUAUAUAUGUGUAUAUAUAUAUUUAUAUACAUAUACAAAUAUAGCGAAUACGGAGUACAUAGGUGGAAAUGGAAACUUAUUUCCCCCGUGGCUGACUGCUGCGCGCGAUUACGAAGCUAAAACAGCGUGAUGUUCUGUUACUUUUCUACAAAGCAAAUUUUAAUUUUAAUUCGUGAAAUUGCCUGUAUCGUUGGAAAUCUGGCGAUAAUAUUUUCGUUCGAAUGCAAACGAAACGCUUGGAUCUCGUGACACGAGCUUUGCGUUAUCGGUGAAUCUUCUAAACGACGUACUUUCGAUGCGACGCAAUUUGUCUUGCAGCGUGUUCGCGUCCACUAGCCAGCCCUAUCGUCGUUGCAUAUACAAGUUUCUACCGUAGUAAAUGAAAGCCCGUUUGUCACUGAAAGUAAAAAUCACAAUAAUUGGUUUCUCUCGAUAAAGCGAUGAAGAAAUGGGCCGGAGAAGGAGAAGGUAAUAGACGAUGCGAACCGUGAAGAGAAGAUAAAGGCGUGGUAAAGACGAGAUAAGCAGAUGCGAGGAAAGUCUUUAAGAAACGAUCGAGAUACCUACGAGUGUGACUCGUAAGCGAAGAUUAAUUAUAUCGGGUGCUCGAAACGAAAGAAGAAGAAGGAAAAGGCGAUGAUCACGCAUAAUAUUUUUAGAAACUCGCGCGAAGUAGGAAGGGAAACGGCAUUACGGUAGUAGAAAGAAACGACAGGAGGGAAGAUAGAAGAGAAAUAGGCAUUCAAUGAUAAACAGAAUUUACUAUCUAUUUGUCGAUUAAAAUUCACCAGUCGAAAAGAGAAAAAAAAAGCGGAAACAAUAUGAAGGAGAGAAAAAAAUGAUUACUACUUAUCGAUUAGCUAUAAAACAUUAUUAAGGGCAGAUAUGUAGUACUCAUAUAGUCUAUUUGUUAAUGUUUCAGAUAUUUUAUUAAAUGUUGAUAUAAUGUACUACGACAUUCCUUGUUUGUGCCGGAAUCCCCGCAAUCUAGUGUUUAAACGAAAAGUAAAAAAACAAAAAAAAAAUGAUAAGAAGAAGAA